AUGUCCAGCAGCCCUUUCUUGGUCUGCGCCCCUGGACCGGCCGCUUCGACCCUAGCCCGCGGUGGCUUGCUAGAGCAGUAUCGCUGCACAUGCGAGGGUCUCGAUGGCGGCGUGGGCGGUCGUGUGCGGGUCUCGUUCCUUUCUCUUCCAUUCCCAGCAGCGUUAGCAGUCGGAAACUUCCAUGGGGCCUUGCUUCUUCCUCGGGGCCUGGGCUGUCCAGUCGGAAGCACCAAUGCGAAGCGUCAACAGCGCUGCUUCCAUGGGUUCGAUGAUUGGACCCGAAGAUUGAACUUACCCUUAAGACACUGGGGCCCCCGGUUCCUCCCAAGCAUUGGCCAGCAAGUGGAAGUGGGCUUGGCAGGGAAGUUGGCGCACGAGAAGCGGAGCUGCGUCAAGGAAAGAAACAGUCCCGGCCCUGGCGCCUUCCACCUUAGAAAGGAAGCAGGUGCCAGGUACAAACAAUUCUCUGCUGCCUCCUUCCUUCCUUCCAAGUCCCUUCGCAGGUCCAACGGCUUGCACAGGUAUCCGUACUGGGCAAGCACGGGCACCGACACCUUCGAGAGAAAACCGCACUCGCACGGUGGUGGAGUCUUAGGACGACAUCUCGACCGCCUCUCGUUCCAUUUGUGGACGCACCGCGGGAAUCCGCUACUGAUCGAGCAGAAGGCUCUGUGGAGAUAUUGGCCUCGGACUCCUCACCUACUGGCCUACUUUGGCAAUGAUCUGAAGCUUUCCUCCGAUUUCAAGGGACAACCGUUGGAUGCGGGCGGGGCACCAGCACGCCGUACUGAAUCAGCGAUCGAACAACCGACCCAAACUUGCCAAAUUCCUCGCGGUUUCUGGAAUGUUGGUACUGCUUGGUCGAGCACGAACAUCGGCGCGAGCCAGAAUGAGAGAACGACUCGGAAGAUGGGAUGCCAAUGGCACCUCAGCACUCCCAUUCCCGCUGCCACUCUGUUGCGCGCCGACGCGUCUCUCCCACCAGUCUCCCGACCUCACGGCUCCCCGUCUGUAGUGACGCCAUGCAUCUUUAACUUGACACAGGCAUCGCCCGGUAUAUUCUUACUACAGUCGCCAAACCAAUCUCGACGCCAACCAUCACAUCGCAAAUCUUGGGUGAAUCCAGCGAUCCGUCGUAACCUCAAACCAGCGGCAUCCUUGCCACGCUCAAACUACUGGACCAUGCCUUCCCAUGGACGGGACGGGCAUCCCGAGCGCGGGGGAACUUGCGGAAGAAUCUGGCACUGGCAAGCCGCGAACCUAUUCUCCACGCUACCUUAUGCUCAUAGUCUGCAACUUCAAUGA